AUGGAAGAUGAUACUACCCCCCUUGUUAGAAUGGAAGAGGCGAGUUACUCUGAUACAGAAGAAGAUGACACCAUUGAGGCUUCAAAGAGCAACGACGACAAGCGCACCGACCUGACGCGCAUGAACUCCUUAAAGAUAUCCGAUCUUGAUCAAGCGUUCGAGAACGCUACAGUCACCGACAAGCCCCUGUCUCGGAGUCAACGAAGAUUCCAGUCUCACAAGCUGUCCAACCGUGGCAACUGGCCUGAGGUCUUCGCGGUGACAAAAGAUGAGAAAAAGAUUUUUGUGGGUAACCCUCGUUUUGUCAAAGAUCCUUUAGCGUCAAAGAGCGACCAUGGUCCUUCGGCGUUGUCUUCCUACAGGCUGGCAAAAGAUAAGGCGUUUGGAUCUUCAGCGACGCACAACUCACUUUCUUCCUUCCUCUCUCUGGAGAGUUUGGAAAGCAUCGAUGAUGACGGCGAAGACUUCUCCCAUGUCUGCGUAUCCGACGAAGAAGACUCGGAAGAAGAUGAAGAUGAACAGAACUGUGGUUACCUGGGGCCAAAGAUCGGUGGAUCUGCCGUCAAGCGACAAAGCUUGGUUCAUCGUGGGAGUCCGUCCAGACACCGAAGGAACAGGAGUUCGUCCAGACACCGAAGGAACAGGAGUUCGUCCAGACACCGAAGGAACAUCGCAGCAAAUUCUCGGGCGAGAAGAGCAUCUGCUAGUCAUCGCAUGAGCCGUACCGUUUGCGGAUUGGAUCAUAUGGACGAUCACAGCCACACAGACGACUGCCAAGCUUCAGUAAGGAACGAAUCUGCCAGGAGAUUGUCUGUUACCCAGAGGCUGAGUCGAUCCUGCGAACCUGAUCUCUUGGGGGAACUCAAACAUUCUGAUGACUUGGAGAGCGAUUCUCGCACUGAUAGAAGAGGCAGAAGAUCUCCCACUCGGGUUGAUCCAAAAGGAAAGAGUUCCUCUGGCUCCUCCAGGAAUCCGCGCUUUCGUCGUCAAGUUACCGAUGAUGGUUCUAGUAGCCACAAAACUAAAACAUUGCGCAGUAAAUCCCAGACUCAGCUUCGGAGAUGCUCCAGCGGCAUGGAGGACCGGGUUAGUGCCCGAAUGAGUCGCUCGACAUCAAGCCUUCAGCAAUUUGAUUCAGCCAAAACGGGUAUCACCGAUAGAAAACGCACCAAAGGACUCCAACCCGACAGCAGCAAUCGUGGUGGCAAAGACAGCAACCAUCGCCGCAAAGCUGGCGGUGAUAUGGGACUGAGGCGCCAGGACACAAGAGAAGGGCGCCGCAGGAGCGGCAAGACCAUGCGAAGACAGAAAAGUCGUUCACUUCCGGCGUCAGAGGCUCGGCUGGCUGUUCGCAGAAGAUCCGUUGCUGGGGACAAAAUCGAAAAUGCCUCGUCACAUCGUCAAGGACAUACUGAAAAGCCAAGGGUGGGGCGCUCUAGCAGUGGCAAGACCAUGCGAAGGCAGAAGAGUCGUUCACUUUCAAGCACUCGCAUCAAUCUUCGGCGAAGCUCGACUGUUGCCGACGAAAACGAUAAUCAAUUGUCACAGAAGAAGUGCCCUGCCAAGAAUCCAGAGGGACGAAACCGGGGAUCAAUCCGCCGAAGCUCCACAAGCAUGGAAUGUGACUACCCACGGCGAUCCUAA